AUGGAUCGGAUCUUUUACAACUCAGAUGCCCACGACCCCAUUUCUGGGGCUCCCAUAUACAUUUUCGACACCUCCUACCUCCCACCAACGGACUCUAUAAAUUAUGACAUGUUUAUACCCAUGUUGGUUUCACAUUUACCUUCGGAACCAUACGUAUUGAUGAUGUUCAGUUGUGGGUUGAACAAGGUAAGUUGGGUUUGGGGGCUCAAAUUCCUCAAGUUGUUCUUGGCAGACAACGAGAACAACAUUCAUAAGCUCACAAAGGUGGUAACAGUGCAUAAUAGUUGGUUUAUCAAGUCCCUUACCCAGAUCGUUUCCAACUACAAUUCUACAAGAAGAAGUAUUUCCUCGGUAAACAAGAUCAUCGAGACAUUCACAGUGGAGCUGCCGUUCAGUAUCAAGGAGGGAACGGGGCCAAAAGUGAUAAAUUGCCGAAAUAUUUCCGAAUUGAGUCAUUAUAUUGACAUCACAAAAUUGAAAAUUUCACUAAAUGUGUACAAGUACGAUAUGCAACAAGAAAACGCGUUAGUAUUGGCUAAAAGGCCUCGUCAGCUCCUUCAUCAGUACACGCGUGUCAACGUCGACACAGAUCCUGCAUUUUUCCAUCAUUUUUACCAAAUAUUCAAUAUCAUCGACACCUAUGGCACCAGAGCAGAAUUGCUCUUCCACAAACCAGGAAACAAGAUGAACACUGAUAUCUUUUUUGCGUGCAUUAACAGAGACCAGCACUUCUGGAUCAACGACUGGGACAUGUAUUGUAUAGCAACCGUCUUCAAGAGGUUUCUUGCAGAACUUCCCCAACCGUUGAUUCCCGUGAAUUUGGUACCUGUACCAAUGGCAGAUGAUUGUGACUCCACGUUGGCAUUGGUGAAGAUAUUUAUGGACUUUUACGAACCAAAAUCAAACUACCACAUCAUCUUUCUCCAGAUAUUUGAUCUCAUGUACAGACUAGUGUUGAACACCAAGACAACCAAGCAUACUCCACUCACAUUGGCCAAAUGCAUGAGCCACUGUAUGAGUCAAGAAAUGAUAUCCCAGAACAACAGUGCCGGUAUUCAAAUUGCUGGCCGUACUAUUAAGAACGUCAUUGACCAUUGGCCCAAGAUUCGGAAUCAAUACCGCGGCUUCCAAACUGUGAUCCAAACUAUCAUAGGUGCCCAAACAGACGACGGGCACGACGAGUCUUACGAAACCAGUUACGACUUAAGCAUGAAUGACGAAGGAGAUGAAAGUCGAGUAGCGAUGAACACCAGCACAAUACUAGAUUCAGAAGUUGGAUUAGAUCCAUGUCAAGAAGAAGAAGAAGAGAAUUCCAGCGAUGCGGCACCACCAACACCACGGAAACCUCGACAUCUUUCUGACGUAUCGAACAUUGCCCAUCCUCAAUUUCCACCACAAAAGUACAAAUUCACCACCACGAAAAUAGAGCCAAAACCCGAGGAAAUCACGGUGGUGAACAGUAAAAAGCCGGUUAUUCGAGGGCGCAAGGUAGCCCAGUUGGCGUCGUUAUUCGAGGAGCGCAACACCGGGUUCAGCAUACUCGAGAACAUGUAG